CUCUGUUUUCUUCUUUCAUAAUCGUGUGAACAAGAUGGAACCGUUUUCAUUCUUCCCUACUGCUCCUUCUCCACCUUUCCCUUCUUCUUCUUCCUCAGCUUUAUUGGAAUCUACAGCCCAGCUUGCAGAAGACGGUGAUCAGUGGACUUUCGAAGAGAACAAGAGGUUUGAGACUGCACUCGCGGAGUUUGAUCUUGGUGCCCCGGACCUGUUUGAUAACAUACAGACUAGGGUUCCUGGGAAAACUCUAUGGGAAAUCAAGAAACACCUUGAUGAUUUGUUUGAAGACAUUGAGAAGAUUGAGACGGGUAUUAUACCGAUACCCGACUACAAGACUACUCCAACUCAGGUGAAAUCAAAUCCUAGGUCUCAGCCUAGAAAGAAAGGUGUUAUAUGGACUGAGGAAGAACAUAAGUUGUUCCUUCAGGGCUUGAAGAUAUAUGGCAAGGGGGAUUGGAAGAGCAUAUCUAGACACUGUGUAAUGUCAAGGAACCCAACACAAGUUGCAAGUCAUGCCCAGAAGUACUUCCUUCGUCUUCAGAACUCUGCAGAAUCUGAGCAAAAUGCUAAUGGUGAAUGCUCCACCUCUAAUAAUAAGCUUUAGAAUCGAUCUGUAGUGACAAAUACCUUAAUUUUUGCAGUGACUAAAUGGUUUUAGCUAAUCAUAUUCAUUGAUCAUCGUUAAAUAUGAUGGAGCUGGUUAUAGAAGUUUUGUCAGAUAUUAUGCCAUGAAUGGGUGAAUUUCCUUAUAUUGGUCCAAUUUCAGACCUUGCUAUGUGAUCAGUGAAAAUUUUACUUAUGAAAAAUCAUUAUGUGGAUAUAGUGAGAUACCUUGUCGAUAUAUAGUGCUUUAUUUUAUUCGAAUGUCUCACAUGUUAAUAUAAUUUACGUAACAGCUGACGGUUUCGUAUAUUAGAUGUUAUGAUCUUUAAAAAAUAAUUAAAUACUCGGUGGCAUUCAAGUUGAAUGAGACACCAGUACAUCUAUUUGUAUCUCUUCUUUUGCUAGUGGUUCGAACUUCUGAGCCUAAUCUCAUUCAAAGUCUCCAUCCCCUUUCAUCACUAGAGCUUUUUAGUACUACAUCCGAUAUAUAUAUAUAUAUUAUACACACCAAA